GGCAGCGGGGGACACCAGGAGGAGCUUUCUUCCCCCGGGUUUAUGAAUGGCACUGACAUGGAGGAAAUACCGUUUCAGAAAGUCAAGACCAAGAGGAAGAAGUGCUGCCACUGCUGCUGCUCCCCGCCAGCUGCUGCGGCGUCGGGAGCAGGAGCCGGGCUGGGAGACCCCCCUCCCUUGGUGCUGCUGGAUGCCAUCGCCUGCGAGGACGAGUUUGACUGCAAGGAGCUGGAAGCUCUCUUCCAGAGCUACAACCUGAAGCUGGAGCAGACGUCCACCCUUAAGGCGCUGGCCGUCCUCAUUGUGCUCACCGCCAGCCUGGCCCUGGUGGAGCUGCUCUCCGGCCCCAGCCUGACCAUCUCCAAAGGUUCGCACCCAGUACACUGCAUCAUCUUCCUCUCCCUCUUCAUCGUCACGAAUGUCAAGUACCUGCAGGUCACUCAGCUGCAGCAGAUCGUCAAGCUCACCUUGCUCUUCAGCUUCACCUUCUCCUUCCUCUGCUGCCCCUUCUCGCUCGGCGCCUACGGCAUGGAGCCUCCCAGCGCCCCCGAGCAGGGCAUGUGGCAGCUCAUGCUGGUAACCUUCGUGUCCUACUCACUGCUGCCCGUCCGGACUCUGCUGGCCAUCGUCUUCGGGCUGGUGGUGUCCGUCUCCCACCUCAUCGUUACCGCCACCUCCGUCAGUGCCAAGAGGCAGCGGCUCUGGAGGACGCUCGUGGCCAAUGCAAUCCUUUUUGUCAGUGUAAAUUUGUAUGGGGUCUUUGUGAGGAUUUUGACAGAAAGGGCUCAGAGGAAGGCAUUCCUUCAGGCCAGGAACUGCAUUGAGGACAGGCUGAGGUUGGAGGAUGAAAAUGAAAAACAGGAACGUCUCUUGAUGAGUCUGUUGCCCAGAAAUGUUGCAAUGGAAAUGAAGGAAGAUUUCCUGAAGCCUCCUGAAAGGAUUUUCCACAAGAUUUACAUUCAAAGGCAUGACAAUGUGAGCAUUUUGUUUGCAGACAUUGUGGGGUUUACUAGUUUGGCAUCACAGUGUACUGCCCAAGAACUGGUGAAGCUGCUGAAUGAGCUUUUUGGAAAAUUUGAUGAGUUAGCUACAGAAAAUCAUUGCAGAAGAAUAAAAAUCCUAGGGGACUGUUACUACUGUGUAUCAGGAUUGACCCAGCCCAAAACAGAUCAUGCCCAUUGCUGUGUUGAAAUGGGACUGGAUAUGAUUGACACCAUCACAUCUGUUGCCGAAGCCACAGAGGUUGAUCUCAACAUGAGAGUUGGAUUGCAUACAGGCAGGGUGCUUUGUGGGGUCCUGGGUCUCCGAAAAUGGCAAUAUGAUGUCUGGUCAAAUGAUGUGACUUUAGCUAAUGUAAUGGAAGCUGGAGGACUGCCUGGGAAAGUUCACAUUACAAAGACCACCUUAGAGUGCCUAAAUGGGGACUAUGAGGUAGAACCAGGAUAUGGUCAUGAAAGGAAUAGUUUCUUGAAGAAGCAUAAUAUUGAAACAUAUUUUAUUGUGCCAUCUCAUCGUAGGAAGAUAUUUCCUGGACUGAUUCUCUCAGACAUUAAGCCUGCAAAAAGAAUGAAGUUCAAGACAGUCUGCUAUCUGCUUGUUCAGCUCAUGCACUGUCGUAAGAUGUUCAAAGCAGAGAUCCCUUUCUCCAAUGUCAUGACGUGUGAGGAUGAUGAUAAGAGGAGAGCAUUAAGGACAGCCUCUGAAAAACUCAGGAAUCGUUCCUCUUUUUCUACCAAUGUUGUAUACAACACUCCAGGAACUCGAGUAAACAGAUACAUCAGCCGCUUGAUAGAGGCCCGGCAAACUGAGUCUGAGAUGGCUGACUUGAACUUCAUUACCCUGAAGUAUAAGCAAAUUGAGCGUGAAAAUAAAUACCACCAGCUUCAAGACGAGUACUUCACCAGUGCUGUAGUUCUCUCAUUAAUUCUAGCUGCCUUAUUUGGCCUUGUCUACCUUCUAAUAAUACCACAGAGUACCGUAGUUCUUGUUCUCCUGGUGUUCUGCAUAUGCUUCCUAGUGGCUUGUAUUAUGUAUCUACACGUCACACGAGUACAAUGUUUUCCAGGGUGCCUGACAAUACAAAUUCGUACCAUUUUGUGUAUUUUUAUUGUGAUCUUAAUAUACUCUGUGGCUCAAGGAUGUGUGGUUGGCUGCAUGCCUUGGGUUUGGAAUACCAAUUCCAGCAGCUCAAUAGUUAUAAUUUCUCCUGGUGGAACAAAUAAAACAAUGAAUGAACUUCCAUGUGACACAGCCCACUAUGCUUUCCUUUCCUGUGUAGUGGGGACUCUCACCUUGGCAAUAUUUCUACGAGUAUCUUCCUUGCCAAAAAUGAUUCUCCUGCUUUUUGUUACAAUUUUGUACAUAGUUAUUCUGGAACUCAGUGGUUACAGAAAAGCUUUGGGGGGUGGCUCCUUUUACAUGCGUGGCUAUGAACCAAUACUAGCUAUUUUGCUUUUCUCGUGUGCUUUGGCACUGCAUUCAAGACAGGUGGACUUGAAACUGCGUCUGGACUACCUCUGGGCUGUGCAAGCAGAAGAAGAGAGAGACGAUAUGGAGAGAGUCAAGCUGGAUAAUAAAAGAAUUCUCUUCAACCUGUUGCCAGCACAUGUUGCACAGCACUUUCUUAUGUCUAAUCCAAGAAAUAUGGACCUUUAUUACCAGUCAUAUUCACAAGUAGGAGUGAUGUUUGCUUCCAUCCCAAACUUCAAUGAUUUCUACAUUGAAUUGGACGGCAAUAAUAUGGGAGUGGAAUGUUUACGCCUGUUAAAUGAAAUUAUUGCUGAUUUUGAUGAGCUUAUGGACAAAGAAUAUUAUAAGGACAUAGAAAAGAUCAAGACAAUUGGAAGUACAUAUAUGGCAGCUGUGGGACUUGUACCUACUUCAGGAACUAAGGCUAAAAAAUCAAUUUAUUCCCAUCUGAGUACACUGGCAGAUUUUGCAAUAGAGAUGUUUGACGUUCUUGAUGAAAUCAACUAUCAGUCCUACAAUGAUUUUGUCCUGCGAGUUGGUAUUAAUGUUGGGCCAGUAGUAGCAGGAGUCAUUGGAGCCAGAAGACCACAGUAUGAUAUCUGGGGGAACACUGUAAAUGUUGCCAGCCGGAUGGAUAGUACUGGAGUGCAGGGAAAAAUUCAGGUGACAGAAGAAGUUCAACGGAUAUUAAAAAGGUGCAGUUAUGAAUUUGUGUGCAGGGGUAAAGUGAGUGUAAAGGGAAAAGGUGAAAUGUUGACCUAUUUCCUGGAAGGAAAGGCUGAUGGAAAUAAUUCCCAAACACGGUCUUUAAACUUAGAGCGAAAAAUGUACCCUUAUGGGAGGGCAAACAUUCAAACAAAACUGGGCACCAGCUGUCCAUCGGUGUCCUCAGUUGCUAGCUUUACUGCAAAACCUGGGCUUGGAGCAGGUCAAGCGUCUGCCAGUCACACAAAUCAAACACUGCAUUAUCUUCCUUCUGUGCCAGCUGUGAAGGAGGCAUAGAACAAAGGAGAUUUGGUUGUGUCAUCUGCAGUGAACUUGGAGAGCAAUGGUUGACUGAAUUUUUACCAAGUGGUCAGAGGUCAUAGGCCAUGGCAUUAACCAAGGACCACUACAACCCAACCAAAGAGAACUUGGGGACUGUGUAACAAACUCUUGGGAUGGAACAUAUAAGGGCUAGCAAUUCUGUUAGGAAAAGUCAAAAUGGGAUUUUCUGGAAAUGAGGAAUAUUUUCAUGGCAUUUUUAAAAGGUAGUUGAAAAAGAUUAGAUAAAUGUGCAAGCAAUUAUUUAUGUGUGUGUGUGUAUAUAUGUUUUAAUCUAUAUAUGCACAUAUACAAACAGUUCUGUGUAGACUUAAUAGAGGUUUAUAGAGAUAAACAAAAAAUGUGUAUUUAUUUACACAUCCACCUGCAAUGACAUAGUAAAGAGAUUUCUUUCUGUCAUAGCCAGCAUUGUUGGGCCUGGGAUUAGGAAAGCUUCAUUUCACCAUGGAAUAUGGGGCACCUGGAGACUCUCCAGGGCUACAGCAGGAGUUAGAGAAACUGUGCUCCCAGUGCAUGAGUUAAAGCAAUGAGAACAGUGUUUAUUGUGCUGUCAAUGGCAGGUUAAUGAAGGCUGGAUUCAGCUAAUUAAUAAACCCUAUCUAAUUUUUAAAGUUCUCCUUGCAUGCUUCAAAAAUUUCCAAAAGGUUCCAAUCAAACCAUAACACUAGGAUAUGAAGUAGGUAAACAACAGAGCUUAAAGUUUAGGCAGAAGAACAAUAUAUAUUCUUUCCAUAAAAAAAAAAAGGGUGGUAGAGUUUAGAACUUACUGCCUCUUUGUAGGUCAUUUGACUUUGUGCAAGACAGAGGAGCCACCCUGCAAGCACAGCAAUAUGCUUAUGCAAUAUAGAAACAUUCCUUUAUGUACAGUGCUGAUUUUUCUGAGGAGCAGAAGGAUGGUAUUAUUUCAGGCUUUUAGAAAUAGCACAGGUCUGGCUCAGUUCCAGGAUUAGCUUUACCUUUCUAAACAGCUCAAAGAAUAGUCCUGUGCUGGUGCCAAACAUGCUGUUGCUAGCUUUGUGACAUUUGUAUGUUUGCCAACAUAAUUUUACAUCUUAACUGAUUUUUAAAUUUAUGCCACAGUUUUAUUAUAUCUUGAUUCUAUCCAGGCUCACUCUUCAAAGCUGUACAAUUAUAGAAAGCUAUAAUUCUGAGAAACAAGCACAGUCAAACUUUGCCCAAAUGAGGAGCCCUCUCCUGUGCCAGGAGAGUGAGGCCUGCUCUUAAUCUGCAUAAAAGGGAACAUAUUUUGACAGCUUUUUUCUUUAAUGCAGCCCACAUCCUAUUGUCCAUGGUUUCAUCUUGAAACACUGAUUUGGAUAUGAAAUGUGGAGUGCAUUUCUGUACUCGAGGUGGGGGCAGUUGGUGUUCAUCCUGUUGAGUGACGUACUCUAUAGUCCAGUGCCAUACUGUCCUGAUGGGGAUUCACAGGUUAACUAACCUCACUGUUUUCCAAAAGAGAAGCAAAACUUUACAUUGUCUAAAAACAUGCAAAACAUCCUUUUAACCAAAAAAAACCCAAUCCCUGUUCCCCCUCCAAAAAAACUCAAGACCAAUAACCACCACCACCAACAACAAAAUGAAAAACCCCACCCUAGACUACAGAAGUUGUCCAGAUUGUACAAUAGAAAACUUGUGUACUAGAUUUCACAUUUCCCUUUAGAGGGCCUAUUUUAUUAAAGAUUUCAGUGGAAAGAAGAUUCUGAGUGAUUCUUCUGCAAUCAGCUUUUACUUUGGAACAGUCACUGUUUGUGUCAAAAGUAUAUGGACAAAUACUGUGUCAGCAGAUGCAAAUAGUUAAAUAGAUGUUACAGGAGUUUCUGUUCUUCAUGUAGCCACAUCAGGCUACUGUGGGACUCCAGUGGUUUUCAACAGGGUUUUAAAUUAAUUUUUAUGUACCCUGUCAGCUAGGUGCUUCAUUACAAAGCUAGCAAAGUUAGUGUUGUGAUUAAAGUGACUAUAAAAACCUGAGAACUGCUUCCUAACUGUACUGUACAGGGUGUCUGCAUAGUGGUUGGUCUGUAGAAAGUCACUGCAUUUCUUUAUCUCCCUAAUAGCUAUCCAGUUCACAGCUAUUCUUCUAGAAUAAUUUAUUUCUGGUUUUGAGGCAUCCAAAGCCAUUUAAAUAAAUACAUGUAGAGAAUACAGAUAUAAAAGAACAAAUAUUUACAUAAUUAAACUGAAUAAGUGGUAUUCAUGUAAAGCACACUGCAUAUUUAUGUUGUCUAACUCGUUUGUAUGAACUAAAUUAUCAUGCAGUUAAAUAUUUAACAAAGUUGGAAAGCAUUAUAUGCAAUAGCAAUAAUCACUCAGUUCCACUCUUAAAGAUUCCAUGCUACUGAAUUUUUGAAUCAGUGAGUUUGGUAUAAUUUCAGUGAUAAUAAUAAAAUGAAAGAAUAUUCAGAUUCUAGCAUCAGAUCUGGUAGUACAUGAACACAUCGAACAAAUACACUCAUUGACCGACCCAAAAAGUUUGCAAUGAAAUUAUUUAUUUGUUAUUAUUUUUAUUAGGCCCAAGAUAUAGGCAUCUUGCUAUUGCUUCUUUGAUCACUAAAUGGACAGUGAGCAGAAACAGAUCCCCUCUGUUAAUACUUUUGUGACUGCUCUCAUUCACAGCCCCAUUCUCAGCCUGGUAAUGUCACUGGAAGAUCAUGUAGCAAGGUAAAUUUGGAUUAUUUAUUUUAAAAGAUUAGCAGGUGUUAGUAGAAAAGGUCCGAAGAUUUUCUAAGCCAGAUCCUCCUUUCCAACAGCCAAAUGAGGCAUGUGACUUUUGUAAGAGUGUUUUCUAUGUCGAAUGGAAAGGACCAGACAGGCACAGUCCAUCAUCAGCUUCUCAUUCGGCACUUUUGCAGGAGGUUUGUGCCUCCCAGAGCAGGUUGAGUGGACCAGGAUGGCUUCUUGGUAGUGCAGGCAAGCUAGUGCACAUGUGCUAGCUUAUAGCAUCAAUU